AUGAUCGAUAUUGAUUCGGGUUCGAUUGAGUUGCGUCGAUGGCGGGGCAGAAUUAAUAAUUAUACGGACCUUAUUUUGUUUCUAUUGCAGUGCAAUACAGACACUCAAUUUAUCGGUUCGGGUGAAGCUGCUAAGGCCGCUGUAUUUUAUAUAACGGAGUACAUAACAAAAGGCAACCUCCCAAUGCACGUUGGUUUGCAGGCAUUAGAUUAUGCGACGAGGAUGCACGAGAGUCAGCAUGCAGAAGAUGCCAGUGUAGAAUAUCAAAAUCGAAGUCUGAUAACUAAAUCCGUCAAUGCGAUGAUGGGUCAGCAAGAGAUAUCUCAUCAACAAGUGAUGAGUUAUCUCGUAGGCGGCGGUGAUUUUUACACAAGUCAUACUUUUCAGACACUUAAGUGGUAUGAAUUUAAAAGACCAUCAAAGAGCGAGGUGAUGUACCUAUAG